CUCUCUCUCUCUUCUAACCUUUCACAAUAAAACUGGGUUUCUACAAACAUUUCUUUCCCUUCUUUUUCUCAUACAAUUCUAAAGAACCUUCUUGUUUCAAGUAACUAGUUACACAUCUUCUUCAACACCUUUCUCUCUCUAUAUAACUUCAACCAUAACACACCUUUUGUUGUGUUGUUUUUUAGGUAAACUAACUUGAAAUUUUCUUUAGGGUUUCAAGAUUCCUAUCAUAGUCAAAUAUGAAGGCACCGACUCUUAACUAAGAAAAACCUCUUUUUUCCUUUUCUUAGUCUCUAUUUUCAACCUCAUAAAUCUCCCAAAAAAAUAUCUUACAUAUUUUUCUUGAUUUUUUGUGAGAUCUAGAAGUUAUAAUUAGAAGAAUUUGAGAGUUGAAAUAAUUUGGAUGGAGUUGUUGCAAGAAGUGAAAGGCUAUUCACAAGAGGAAGAGGAGGAAGAAGAAGAAAUCAUAACAAGAACAUCAAAAGAUGAAGAAAACAGUAGUAAGCAACAAUUACAACACUGCCCUUUUUCUUCUUCUCCUUCUAAUUUCUCUUUAUCUUCUUCUUCACCUUCAACAACUCAUCACCAUCAUCAUCAUCAUAAUCAUGAUGUCACAAAUCAAUGGCUAGGAAUCAAUCAUCAUCACCAUCACUCUCCAGAGUCUCACAAUUCAUCUUCUGGUGGAUUAGGGUUAUUACACCAACAACAUCAUCAACAUCAAGAUGCAACAACAACAACAACAACCACCUCAAAUUUCACAAAUCAAUCAAGUUUAAAACAAAUUGAUUUCAUGGAAUUAUCACUAGGUAACAACAACAACAACAGCAUCAACAAAGAUCCUAGUUCUUCAAAUGCAAACAUCAUAAACAACCAACAUCAACAACAGCAACAACAACAGCAACAGCAACAACAACCUAGUACUCAUGAAAAAGAACACAUGUUUGACAAAGUUGUAACACCAAGUGAUGUUGGAAAACUCAACCGUUUAGUGAUACCAAAACAGCACGCCGAAAAGUAUUUCCCUCUCGAUUCGACAUCGAACGAGAAAGGUCUUCUUCUCAAUUUCGAAGAUAGAAAUGGAAAAUUGUGGAGAUUUAGAUACUCUUAUUGGAACAGUAGCCAAAGCUAUGUUAUGACAAAAGGUUGGAGCCGUUUUGUCAAGGAGAAAAAACUCGAUGCCGGAGACAUUGUUUCGUUUCAACGAGGUGUUGGCGAUUUGUUUCGACAUCGAUUGUUUAUAGAUUGGAGGAGAAGAUCUAAUCAUAACCAUAAUAUGGAUCCUUCAACAACACUUUUCACUCCUUUCUUUCUUCCUAAUCAACAACAAUAUUCUAUUAGAUGGGGAGGUGCUAAUAGUAGAUUCUACUCACUUCCUUAUCCUUCACCACAAACACAAAGGUUACAACAACAACAACAACAACAGAAUCUUCAUGACCCUUUACAGAAUCAAAUGAAUUACAAUUACCAAAUGUAUCCAUUUCAUCAACAUGGUGUUGGAAAUGUGAAUCAGAAUUACAAUUUUCAUCAUCAUGAUCCAAGUUCUGUCUUUUACAUGAGAUCAUCAUUACCGGCACCCGCGCCGUCCAUGGUUGAUCAAGGAAGCUUAACAAGACAACAAGGAGGAGCCGGAGGAGACAUUGUUUCAAACAUGAUUAUUGAUUCUGUUCCUGUUUCUCAUCAUUAUCAUCAACAAGGUGGUAAGAGUGGUUUUUCUAGCACUGGAAAUUUUACUAGUACUACUACUAUACCUAGUAGUAGCAAUAGUAUUAAUGGUGCUGCAAAAAGGUUAAGGUUGUUUGGUGUGAACAUGGAAUGUGGAUCUUCAACAACUGAUGAAAAUUUGGCUAAUUCACUCCCUUCUUCUUCUUCAAAUUUGAGGUUACCUCAUGAAGAAACACUUUCAACAUCAACAAGAUUCCAAGAGGAGAAGAGAAGAGAAGCUUCAUUGAUUUUCGGUUUAGACCCUUCUUUGCAAUAUCAUAAUUUCCAUCAACAAUGAUGAAAUGAAACCAAAAAAAGAAAAAAAGAAAAAAAAUAAUGAAGAAUUUGUUACAAUAUAUAUAUAUUUAUAUAUAUCUAUAUUUCAGUAUUUUUAUUAUAUUAUUAUAUUAUAAUACAUUCUCUUUUGAUUUGGAUUAUCAUCAUUUGAAGUUUUGUUUUUUUUUAGAACUUAUGAAUGAGAUUUGGGUUAUGAGGAGAGAAAAAAACAACAUAAGAUCCAUAAUUUCAGAAUUCCUAAAGAAGGAAAAUGAAAUAGUAUGGAAAUGAAGGACAUUUAGACCUUAGUCAAAUUUGUGUAUAAAAAUUAGAACACAAAAAAUACAUGUAUUAUUUUGAUUUAUUUGCAUCAUCUUCUGAGAGAGUACUAGAAUUAAAUGAAGUUUUUGUCUCCAUUUGAUUCUAAUCUCUCUCUCAUUCCGUUUUCUGCAUUUAAUGAUACACAGAAAAUAUUGUUGCUUUUUCUUCUUUCCUCUAAUGUUUCUGUUAGCCUUGUUGGGUUGAUGUGUUUCAUAACACUGCUACUAUUCUGCUCCCUCUCUCUGCUCCUUAGACAUUUUAGCUUUGCAGAUAGACUUCAGAAGAGAUGUACAGCUGUAAAAGGCCAUAUCCUUUCUUUGGUUUUACACUGUUCACUCACACAUGUUUUAGUCAUUGCAAUAAUUUCAGCUGAUACAUUUUUGGACAUUAAAUCAAGGAACUUUCCUUUGGCAAUCAAGGUUGUGGACAUAAAAGCUUAUAGUUUGAUUCAAGAGCUUUCAUUUGACAUAGAUUCAGACUAUUCAGGUUAUUUAAUGAUUUGAGACUAAGAUCUUGAGAGUAAGAUCUUGGUUCUUGAUAUUCAAUGAUUUUGUAAAUCUACUUAAAAAAAAGAAUGGAGGAUUGGAUGAGGUAUCAUCCUGAGAAUUAGAUUUGAUAAGUUUAAAUAUCAUA